UUGUAACCACCAAUCCAUGUAACAAUUCCCCAUGUCAGAAUGGUGGAACAUGCUAUAACUUGGGAUCGGGUUCAUACAGUUGUCAAUGUGCAAGUGGAUGGACUGGUAAUCAGUGUCAAACAUCUACCAAUCCAUGUGAUAAUUUCCCAUGUCAGAAUGGUGGAACAUGCUAUAACUUAGGAUCGGGUUCAUACAGUUGUCAAUGUGCAAGUGGAUGGACUGGUAAUCAGUGUCAAACAUUUGUAACCACCAAUCCAUGUAACAAUUCCCCAUGUCAGAAUGGUGGAACAUGCUAUAACCUAGGAUCGGGUUCAUACAGUUGUCAAUGUGCAAGUGGAUGGACUGGUAAUCAGUGUCAAACAUUUGUAACCACCAAUCCAUGUAACAAUUCCCCAUGUCAGAAUGGUGGAACAUGCUAUAACUUAGGAUCGGGUUCAUACAGUUGUCAAUGUGCAAGUGGAUGGACUGGUAAUCAGUGUCAAACAUCUACCAAUCCAUGUGACAAUUUCCCAUGUCAGAAUGGUGGAACAUGCUAUAACUUAGGAUCGGGUUCAUACAGCUGUCAAUGUGCAAGUGGAUGGACUGGUAAUCAGUGUCAAACAUUUGUAGCUACCAAUCCAUGUGACAAUUCCCCAUGUCUGAAUGGUGGAACAUGCUAUAACUUGGGAGGGGGUUCAUACAGCUGUCAGUGUGCAAGUGGAUGGACUGGUAAUCAGUGUCAAACAUUUGUAACCACAAAUCCAUGUGACAAUUUCCCAUGUCAGAAUGGUGGAACAUGCACCAACUUAGGAUCGGGUUCAUACAGCUGUCAGUGUGCAAGUGGAUGGACUGGUAAUCAGUGUCAAACAUUUGUAUCAAGUACCAACAUGUGCCUGCAGAAUCUAUGUUUGAAUGGUGCUACCUGUGUGAAUAAUGGUAACAGUCAAUAUACCUGCAUAUGUAGGCCUGACUAUGUUGGAACAAAUUGUGGAUCAAGCAGAGAAAGCACACCAUCACUGGAUGCCUGCCAGUCAAGUCCUUGCCAUUCUCUCUCUAAUUGUUACAACACAUAUCAUAGUACUUAUUUGACAUCACCAGUGUCAUUGUAUGUGUGUGUAUGUCAUAGCAAUUACCUUGGUGUUAACUGUGACUCUCCUAUAACUGACUAUCCUGAUCUGAACAUGUGCAGUACUAAUCCAUGUCAGUCAGGUGGGACUUGUCACAAUACUUUUGAUAACGAUGGUCCAGGCAUUACCAGUAAAGUCUGCAUGUGUACAGUUGGAUGGGUUGGUAAUACCUGUGAAAUUAUAGCAACCAAUCCAUGUUCUAGUAAUCCUUGUCAGAAUAGUGGUACCUGUGUUGCUUUCAACACCUAUUAUACAUGUACAUGUGCCACAGGUUAUGCAGGAACUCAGUGUCAAACACCUGACACAGGUACUACUCCAUGCAGCAGUGAUCCAUGUCCAUCAAAUCAAAUGUGUUACUAUGCUGGAAAUCAAUACAUAUGUAUUGGCGGAAGACGUAGAAGAGAUGUCAGUACAGAAGGCAGCUUGGUUCCAUUGCAUGGAGCUGGUGUUAUUUGCAAUACAACUAUUAGUGUCAAUCACACCGUCAACAUAUUCUCACCACAAUUUCCAAGAAACUAUCCAGAUAAUGAGUUCUGUUGGUGGAUUAUUGAAGUUGAUGGAAAUUCAAAGAUAAGGGUGAAUUUUGAAUACUUUGCCACUGAAGAACACUUUGAUUGGCUUGAUAUUGGUCAUGGUGAUGUUGUAUCAGCUGAAACUGAUGUUCAUGCAUCAGGUUUAAUCAGACCAACCAGUUUUACUUCAAGUGGUAAGAAGAUUUGGAUUACAUUCAAGAGUGAUCAUGAGAAGACUGAAAAUGGUUUCUGGAUUCAAGUCACAAGUAUACCAAAUAUUGAAACAAGUGCCUUUGCUGGUUGCUCUCUGAAUCCUUGCCAGAAUGGUGGUACUUGUUUACUUCAUAGAGGACGAUCUAUUUGUAUUUGUGCUCACGGAUACCUUGGAGAUUACUGUGAACAUGAAAUGGAACAUACUACUCAAUUAGAUACCAACAUGACUUCUGUUGUUACUUUACCUUUUGGAGAGAUGUCAGUUUAUGCCUGGUCAGUUACAGCCAUUUGCUGUGUUCUAUUUGUAUUUUCUGUACUGCUUGCUGCAACAGUCUGCCGUACUAUGCACAAGAAGAAGCGUGUACUUAAUCGCAAAGUUCGCCUUGAUGAUGAUGGUAUAUUUGUAGUCCACUAAAAUGCAAACAUAACAAAACAACUAGUUUUUUUAACUAUUUUCAUACAAUUUUUUUAUCCAAUUUUUACUUAACUAAUUUGUUAAUUUUAUUUUCUCAUAAAAGUACUUCAAAUUUUUAAUAUCCAUAAACACUCAGGGUGGCAAUAUAUAUAUAUAUAUAUAUAUAUAUAUAUAUAUAUAUAUAUAUAUUUGGCUAAAAUUGGGGAGCAGCAUUCAGAAUAAAAUUAUUAUGAAUGUUGUCAUAAAAAUGCAGUAAUAUAGUUGGAAUAAUGCUUAAAUGUUGUUUUACUGUUAUAUUUUUGAGUGUAAUAGUACAUACUGUUUUUAAAUUGCAUGAUUUUAGACAGCCUUGUUCACAUCAGAACUAUCCAUAUCAUAUAUUCACUGUAGAGUGUACAUAUACAAAUUAUUUUACUACUGUGCUCACUUGUAAUUUUUUUAUCGACAAUUCUUAACAAAUUUUAUCCUUGUAUUUUGUACCUGAUGUACAUUUUGUGUUUUUGUUCAUUCUAUGAUGGGCAAAAUAUUCUGUACUAAUUCAAAAAAAAGUAAAACUACACCCCUUUCAUACUGCAUCAUCUGUUAAUCAGUUAGUAUACAAGCAUUAGUGUACUUGUUUAAAAACAGAAUUUUUGUACAUGUAUGGUCGAUCAAUAUAUGUAACAUUUCUGAUUGAUAUGAAAGAUGACUAAUAAAAUAUUUUCUAAACAAGA